AAUGUAUGUACUACUAUGUAGUUGCAGGAGCUGCGGAGUUCACUUAGUAAAGAUUCACUGGUUUAUUUUACCUUCUUUCUUGAACGCCAAUUUCGAUCAUCACGACGGGUAAUUUCUCGUUUCCACCAUUUUGAGAUUUGGAGUCUCUCUUGUAUAGAUUGCAGAACACCACCGCAGGGAUGAUCGGCAAAGCAGCGAGGGAGGUCCUCAAAAAAUCACCACAGGACAUUGUCGUCUUGUCCUCGGUGCGGAGUCCGAUUGCCAGGGCCUUUAAGGGCGGGUUUAAAGAUUCAUGGCCGGAGGAGAUCUUGAUUCCGGUCAUGCAAGCCGCCGUAAAGAAAGCCAACAUCGAACCAGGCCAGGUCAACGAUGCGAUGAUUGGAAAUGUCCUCUCUGAGCUGGGAUUCGCCAAAACGGGACGAAUGGCAUUGAAUGCGGCUGGUUUCCCUAACUCGACGACAUUUCACACUGUGAAUAGACAAUGCUCGAGUAGUUUGCAGGCCAUCACGCAUGUUUCGCACUCUAUCAUGGUCGGUCAGCUCGAUGUCGGGUUGGCGGGUGGUGUUGAGAGCAUGACGCGCAACUACGCCUCGCGCGGUAUUCCCGUUGAUGUGUCUCCGACGCUGAAGGAGUCGCCGGUUAAGGAUGCGCGGGAUUGUAUUUUGCCUAUGUUGAAGACGUCGGAGAAUGUUGCUCAGCGGUAUGGGAUUGGACGUAGGGAGCAGGAUGAGUUUGCCGCCGAGAGUCAGCGUCGGGCUAGCGAGGCGCAGAAGAGUGGGCGGUUUGAAGAUGAGAUUGUCCCGAUCACGGCGCGGUGGAUUAACGAGGAGACCAAGGAGGAGACUACGAAGUUGGUGACUUUGGACGAAGGUAUUCGACACGGUGUGACGGUUGAGAAACUGGAGAAGUUGAAGCCGGUGUUGGAGGGAGGAGCCAGCACGGCCGGGAACUCGUCUCAAAUUUCUGACGGUGCCUCUACUACGAUCCUUGCGCGCCGUGCCUGGGCUGAUGCCCAUGGGUUGAAGCCGAUCGGACGUUUCGUGGGCACGCAAGUCGCUGGUGUCGCUCCGGACGAGAUGGGCAUUGGACCUGUACCGGCAAUCCUCAAUCUCUACAAAUACUGCGGCGUUGAGCAGAAGGACAUUGAUAUCUUCGAGCUGAACGAGGCCUUUGCUAGCCAGACUAUCUACUGUAUCCGCGAGCUUGGACUGGACCCUGCCAAGGUCAACCCCAACGGCGGUGCCAUUGCUCUGGGCCAUCCUGUCGGCGCGACUGGAGGCCGACAGACUGCUACUCUGCUUGCUGAGCUCCAGAAGCAGGACAAAGAGCUCGGAAUCGUCAGCAUGUGUGCUAGCACUGGUAUGGGUGUGGCGUCUCUCUUCAUCAGGGAGUAGGCAUAGCCACCUAGCUAUCCACUUGGUCUCCGCUCGCACAGAUGCGUUGUUGGUUCCAUGAUUCCAUCUUUCUCACCGCGAGAUCGUUGCGGGACUCGAUAACAGAAUCGAUGGUGAGGCUCGGGGAGGAGCUUGGCGGAUGGAGAACACAAGAAAAGGCCCCACGAAAUAGCGCGACGAAGUUAUGCGGGGAAGCUUGGGUAACUUGGAUACUGUCAGUAAUUAAUUAUUUAAUAUUGACUUAGACUACUACUUAUGUAACUUACAGACAACGCAGAAAUGUGAG